AUGGCUGUCGGCAAGAACAAGCGUCUCUCAAAGGGCAAGAAGGGUCUUAAGAAGAAGACCGACACCUUCGCGAAGAAGGACUGGUACAACGUCAAGGCGCCCGGAACUUUCGCGAUCAGGGAUGUCGGCAAGACCCUCGUCAACCGCACCACCGGUCUGAAGAACGCCAACGACGCCCUCAAGGGAAGGAUAUUCGAGAUUUCGCUCGCCGAUCUCCAGAAGGAUGAGGACCACGCUUUCCGCAAGGUCAAGCUCCGCGUCGACGAGGUCCAGGGCAAGAACUGCCUGACCAACUUCCACGGCCUCGACUUCACCUCCGACAAGCUCCGCUCGCUCGUCCGCAAGUGGCAGUCUCUCAUUGAGGCCAACGUCGUCGUCAAGACCACCGACGACUACCUCCUCCGCCUCUUCGCCAUCGGCUUCACCAAGCGCAGGCCGAACCAGAUCAAGAAGACCACCUACGCCGCUUCGUCGCAGAUCAGGGCGAUCCGCAAGAAGAUGACUGAGAUCAUGCAGAGGGAGGCCAGCGCCUGCACUCUCGCUCAGCUCACCCAGAAGCUGAUCCCCGAGGUCAUUGGCCGCGAGAUUGAGAAGUCCACCCAGGGCAUCUACCCCCUCCAGAACGUCCACGUCCGCAAGGUCAAGCUCCUCAAGGCGCCCAAGUUCGACCUUGGUGCCCUCCUCGGUCUGCACGGCGAGUCGAGCGCCAACGACUCUGGCGAGAAGGUUGAGCGCGAGUUCAAGGAGACCGUCCUUGAGAAUGUUUAA